CGCACCUUAAUCUUUACUUCAACCCACAGCAAAAGCUCAACAUGACUGGUCUUGGCGAAACCGUCCGCAAGGGUGUAAACAUGGUGCAUGGCACUGGUGAAGCCAUCCGCGGCAGCGCAUUGUCUGAAGUCGACAAAGCGAGCGGCGACACAGCGAGCGCAGCCAAGAACCAAGAGAUUGCCAACAAGGGAGUGAGCGAAUGGGACAGCGGCUACCGUGGUCAUCCUACCAGUGCCCAUCCUACCAACAACACGUCUACCAACUAUGGUUCGCACGGCUCCAACAUUGGCAACAAGCUUGACCCUCGCUUCGAUUCGGACACAGACCACCGGGGAACAGUGACGGAUUCGACCAACGCCGGCCCCCAUUCGACCAACGUUGGAAACAAGCUGGAUCCCCGCUUUGACUCGGAUACAGACCACCGCGCUGAUCCUACGUCUGCAGUUGGUGGUACGGGCUACGAUGCACCUCGUUUGCACACCUCUCUUCCUCCUCGGCAGACUGAUGGCACCAACGAAAAAGACCCUGCCUGGAACCCUUCGCGAGAUCUCGAUGAUACCUGGUACUCGGCACAAGAACACCAACACGGCCCAAAUCCGCCUCAUGAGCAUCGUGGCUCGAUAGGCGCUUCGUCUGGACUUGAGGCAGCUAACAAACUGGACCCCGUAUUUCCCGUAGGACCUGACGCAGAGUCGAUGAAGUAUACAGACCAUUCAACAAUUCACCGUCUCCGUGGCUCAAUAAGCGGUGGCUCAGAUCUUGAGGCUGCCCAGAAGCUCGAUCCUCCUAGCUUAUCUGGACGUGUUGAUGAGGUCUUAACUCGUGGUCCAGGCUAUGAUCAGCCUGAUCCAUCCUACUACCAUCCAAAGCCCAUGCACCAAAGCAGUCUUCUGAACAUGCUCGAUCCAGAAAUCGAAAUUCACCAACCUCAGUCAUCAAGCCGUGCGUCCAUUGAAACGACAUCGCAGUACAGCGAUGACCAUGGAAAGGAACUACAUCAAGGAGCUGACCAACAGGGCCCGGAUUCUGAAACAGAGCCAGAACGCCAGCCGCGCCGGCGAAGUCCCAAGAUCGGCGUCGAAUCCCCACAAGAGCGACUUGCUGAAUAUGCUGGAUCCAAGGGUUGA